AAUUACCAAGAUGUUUUUUAACUCGGUUCAGCAGCGCCACCAGAAAACACCUUUUGAUGUUUGCCAAUCCUCUCGAUAACAAUUACUCCUGACAGAACAAAAAUCCGAAAGCAGAUUAACAUCGAAUAAUCCUUUUGCCAUUUACCGAUAUGAGGCUGUUGCUGUUAGCCAGCCUCUUAUCUCUGCUGAGCACAGUGCUCGCCGCAGCAGAGAAAACAGAUGCAGGGCCUGCGAAGCAACGGGUCGUGGAAGUAUUUGGGUGGAGUCAGUUUGAUUUCAACUACCCUAGUGAGGAGCAGAGACAGGAAGCCCUGAAAAAUGGUUCUUUUGUGCCGUCCGCUAUGGACCCAACAGGCGUUCACGCAGCCGGAAAUCGCGUGUUCGUGUGUCUGCCUCGCUGGCGGCGCGGAGUGCCGGCAACCCUGGCCUACGCCGUGUACCCUGACGCAAAGGGCGAGCGUUCGCCGCGGCUCAACCCCUAUCCCAGCUGGGAGCUGAGCAGGGAGGGCAACUGCGAAGGGCUGACCUCGGUGUUCAGGGUGUUUAUCGACGAAUGCAACAGGUUGUGGGCCAUCGACACUGGUUGGUCGCCCUCUUGGCUCGUGCCUGACCGCAUCUGCCCUGUAAAGGUUAUGGCAAUCGACUUAAAAACCGAUAAAGUUAUCCUGCAAUACGUCCUCCCGAAGCACGUGGUGAAAAGUGAUGCCCUCCCGGUCAACAUACAGGUGGAAUUCCCCAAGGGCGACUGCAAAAACCCGAAACAAGCGUUCCUCUACAUCGCCGACACGGUGGCUUGUUCCAUCAUCGUGGCAGACAUGUCCACCGGUGACGCUUGGCGCGUUACAGACAAAACCGUCUAUCCGAAUCCUGAAUUGACCACUUUCCACGUUGCCGGACAAACCUUUGACAUGAUUGAUGGCGUCAUGGGAAUAGCUUUAGGUCCGCGCAUGGCUAACGGAGACCGUGAAUUAUAUUACUCGGCGAUGGGCGGUGAGUCGCAGCAUUGGGUGAAAACGUCGAUAUUGCGAGACAAGAAGAAGGCCAAAAAUUCCCCUAAUGCUUUUAAGACGGGCCUCAAGUCCAGGCAGAGCCAAACUGCUGGCUACGCCAUGGACAAAAACGGCGUUAUGAUAUUUGGCUUGCUCAAUUCGGACGCUCUCGUUUGCUGAAACUCGAAAAAUCCAUUUGAACCGAGGAAUUUCGGCUACCUCGCGCAGGACAAGACGGCAAUGCAGUUUCUCGCCACCGUUGUGAUCGACAAUGAUGAAAGAGUGUGGGCUAUCUCUACGAGGAAUCAGAAGUUUGUUUUGGAGACCAUUGACCCGAAAGAUGUCAACUUCAGGGUUUUCAUGAGUCCAUCUGUGCAACAAGCGAUUGAGGGCACUGUUUGUGACGCCCGUGGAAAAUAAUUUUGUGUUGCGGCCAGUGAUAUAAAAGUUUCAGUUUAAUUUCAAAUAGAAUUAGUGUUUCAAAAUCAUAAAAAAAUUAGGCAUUUAAAUACAAAUUAGGCAUUUUAAUUCAUUGCUUGUUUAUUCUCACCAAAAAAAUGUACAUACAUGUUAAAAAACAGUUUGUCAAAAAUUAAAAAAAAAAUAGAAAGUACAUAGUGAGAAAAGUACAAAAUACAUUAUCGACUUAUUGUAUGGAAAAAUAAAACUGAAAUGAUUGAAUCUAGA